AUGCCAAUGCGUUCGGACUAUCCCCGUUACCCGCGAGAUGUGCGGGCCAAACAAAUCGUCUCGCGGCCGGCGCGGGAACGGCGUCUGGAGGAUCUUCACCUCACCGCCUUCCCAAGCGUCGUGAACGCAGACUCCAUGACUGUCCCACCGCCCACCGCAGAGAAGAGCCAAACAACAAAAACCCCAAAGGUGGAAAUGCAGGAACGCGCAGUGGCAGUGAUGACAACAAAUCAACUCGUCGCUCGUAUGGCGGAAAUGGCUCGAGAAGAAUCACUUAAGAAUGCCACAUCCACAGAGAAGAAAUCUCUCUCUGCGCCAGAUGGACGUGUUUUGAUGCCUGGUGUAGAGUUUGAUCGCAGCUCUACAUACCGUCUGGAUUACUGUAAUAAGGAUUUACCAGGUUUUCACGCGCGGGUAAGGAAUAUACCUGACUACACGAAGGACUGGACAGAUAUAGAUAAGUCAAAUAUUGAACAAGCUAUGAAGGUUCCAUACCUAACAUUACCUGGAAGUCUACUGAAACAGCGGCCAACUGUGUAUCGACAUGAUUAUAUUCCAGCAGCAAGUCGAGAAGAAUAUCGUACAGUAUCGUGCGAAACAAACCUGCAAGAUCUUGGUACCUCCUUUGCAUACUCUGCAUACACCGUAAAUGAUCCUGCACGUGUAAUAAAAUAUGAUAAGGUUGUCGCAUCCUGUCAUAAUCCUCGCUGUCUCUUGUGGAAAACGUACAGCCCACGUGACUCCUUUGCUGAAAAGAUGAAAGUGCCGGAAUCCACAGCAGAGGAACUACAACGGUUGCGUGAAUUGCGUCGUACUCAGGUGUCGCAGAUGACUACUACUACAGAGUCUUCAGGGAAAGGUUCAGAAGGUGAGGGGAAAACGUCCAGAAAGAUUGUUUUGCCUGGAAUGCGAGGUAUGGGAUACCGACAGGCACCAAGAGAAGGUGAAGAUUAUAUUUAUCUUCCUCGAGAUCACUUCUGUCACCAAGUGGUGUAUGACUACUAG